AUGAGUGAUUCAGAGGAUCUUGAGUUGGAGGAAGAGCUUCAGGGUGCCAACAAACUCCUUCAGGAUCUCGAGAAGAAGAGGGCCUUUAGAUCACGGGACAGUGCAGAACUCAAACGUGUACAAAGGGAGCUCAAACGCAGCAUCAGGGAGAGUAAGGACAAAUACAGAAGGAAACUGGAGCACAAACUGGAAGACAACAACACCAGGGACGUCUGGAGUGGGAUGAGAGAGAUCACUGGCUUCCAGAGGAGAGGUGGGGGAGCAGCAGUGGAGGGGAAUGUGGAACGUGCGAACGAGCUGAACCUAUUCUUCAACAGGUUCAACUCCAACCACCCCACCCCCGGCAGCCCCUCUACUGAUUCUCUGAACAACAACCUCCCACCUCCCCCCAUCACCUCCUGCCCCACACCACUCCCCAGGACAUCCUCACACAGCCCCCCACCACCUCCAGCAGCAGACACCUCUCUGCACCACCACCAUCAACACCCCCCCACCCCCCAGUCUGGACUCCACAUCACAUCCAGCCAGGUGAGGAGAGAGCUGGAGAGGCUCAAGCAGAGGAAAGCUGCUGGACCGGACCGCAUCAGCCCUCAUGUGUUGAAGGCGUGUUCCAGCCAGCUCUGUGGAGUUCUCCAGCACCUCUUCAACCUGAGCCUACACCUCCAGAUAGUGCCAGUGCUCUGGAAAACAUCCUGCCUGGUCCCAGUGCCCAAAAAAGGACGUCCUGCUUCACUGGAGGACUACAGGCCAGUAGCACUGACCUCUCACAUCAUGAAGAAUAAGGCACAGGCUGAACCUGAACCUGACCCAAGACCAGUGCACUGGAAGAAACGUGACAGACGGGGAGAUGUUAUUCCUCAAAGGCCAUCAUCCAGUCGACAUACUAGUGGCGUGCCACAUGUGUCAACUGAUCAGCAUCAAUGUCCAGGAGAAGGACCUAGUUAUGAUGUUGCCAGUGUCAACCCAACAAGAGUGCCUGAAACUGAGGUGCUUCGUCAGGAGCUCCUUCAGUUGUUGGAGGACGAAGCAGUGACUUGUCAGACAUCGUCUGAGUUGGCUGCUACUGACUGGGAGAUCAGAAACACGGUGUCCUGGCAAAAGUGGAAAGAGGCCAGGCCUUCUCUUAUUGAGAAUAUGUUGGCUACUCUGGAUCCACAUCCACACCGUGUGUGUCAGUGUGGCAAACAAGUUAUUGUCAGGUGUCUGGACUGCCUCCCUCUCCCAUUCCUUUGUGAGGACUGUGAUAUUGCAGUUCACACACGCUUUGUCCCGCACAACAGAGAGGCAGUAACAGGAGGGUUUUUGCAGCCUUCAUCAGGGUUUCAACAGCAAACAGUGCGGCUGUUACCUGUGCAAAGGCCAGACCAUUUGUGUGGCUGCUCAGCAGGGAACAUUGACGUUUCACCUGGCAGAAUUUUGGCUCUUGUAACCAUAAAUGGCCGUUAUGACCUCGCACUGCCAGUGGUGAAAUGCACCAGCUGUGGCGUAAUGUGGUCCCCCUCAAUUAAGGACAUCCAGGCUAGCGGAUAUUGGCCUGGCACCUUGAAUUUCUGCACCCUGUUCUCAACCGAUGUCUUCCAGUCCUUCUAUGACAUUAAGAAGGCUGCACCAGGGAUGUCGCUUAAGGCAUUUGUCAAAAUGCUGGAUGAGAGAACAGCCCACUUCGGAAGAACUGGCAAAAUAUCAGCUGAUACCUUCAGUAAAAGUUUCUUGGAGUGGAGUGCUGUCAAAUUUGAGGUGGACAGGAUGUGUAAGGAGACGUGCUUUAGCUGCCCUGCCUGCACUCCAGACAUGCUUGCAGUCUCAGUUGAUGGAAAUCGCAAGCUUUAUCGCUUUAAAUCAAAUGCGAGCACUUCAGAGCAGGGGAACUUUGAAGGUACCUUCAUUCAAAAAGAUGAGGAGGUUGCCGAGUUUGUGAAAUACAUCCAGAGACGGACAAAUCAUGUGGCUCAGCAGUGCCCUGAGAUGAGGAACCUAUUGUCCAUGCGUCCUUUCCUCUCUGUCAUGCAUGCAAAGGCUCACACUUGGAAAUGCGAGAUCAAAUGGGGAGGUGCGUUUCAAGAUGGAGCUGGUUCAACAGUUGGAGAAGAGGUUGAGCAAGUCAACAGUUUCCUGUCUAGGGCGGCCAUCACAACAAAAUACAUGUCUAAAGCAGGGCGAACAGACAUGCUGACCCUCCUUGCUUUGGGGUGGAACAAAAGGAAAGUGGAGCAACUGGGCCGCACUUUGAGCCAGAGAUAUCUAAAGAUCACAAGGAUCCUAAGAGAACAAGUGGAGAGCCUGAAUGCGACCAAAAAUGAGCUGGGUGUGGAUGAUGACACACUGCAGCAAUGGGUGGCUGAUGUGCAGCAAUGGGCUGAAGAAACGGAUCAAACUGAUGGCAGCCUUGGAGCAUUGCAGGCACGAAUAGAGGAGCUUGUCAUCAUCAUCAGAGUGCGAACACAAAAUCUUUACAGACAAACUGAUAGCAACAAGAGGCGACACAGAAUACGCAAGGUCAUUUUGGAUGAAAAAAAAUGAUUGGCGGCUGCUGUCGACGACUAUAACAAGCUUGCUGAACCAACAAAGCAAAUUGUGUCCAGUGAUGCCCUCAUCCAGACCGACAUUUGGCCCUGGCAGAACACAAGUGAACCUGCUGCAGACCUCCAGACAAAAAGAAAGGUCUUUGAGAAGGUGAUGGCUGUGAGGCGCCUGAGAGAGGAGGAGAUGAUCCUUUGCAGGGAAAUGCAGCAUCACUGGACAGUGUUGAGAGCACGAUCCCUGGAGUUGGGAACGAUCUCCUCAGACUCCUCUCUUGUUGGAAUGUCAGAGGAUGCACAGAAGGGACUCCACUGCCUGGUUUUAAAAAAACAAAGUGAACUGAAAGCUGAAAUGCUUAAAGUCAAGGACUAUUACAAGAGAAUCCUCAGCCACCAACCACUCCUGGAAACAGAAUCAGAGGAGGAGGACGUUCCAGAAGACGCAGAUGAGAGUGAUUUCAGCACUUCCGAUGAAGACUGAGUGUGUCACCAUUAUGUGUGAUAAAAUAAAAAGUUUAUCACAUCA